AUGUUGUUCUUCUACCCAAUUCUGAUACUCAAGGAGGAUGUGUCGCACGGUCUGCGGUCCGUAGCCGCAUUGGCAUUUAUCAGUGUCGACCUUAUUGAUGUCGUGAAGAUACGCACGGAGGCCGAUCUUGCCUGUACUGCUUAUGAUCAUGUCCCCAGGGAAAAGAGUGUCCCCAGGGAGAGGAGUGUCCCCAGGGAGGGCAAUGUUUCCAGGAGAGCGGCGCAAACGGUGCGCAAAAAGGACUGCAAUAACAAUUGGCUCGCGCCCAAAGAAUGGACCCAUUUCAGGAAAUCCACAGCACCUGCUCUUUCACCACAGCAGGAACUGAAAUAA